CAGACACCUAGCUCCUCUGCCCCUGGGUGGUCAUGGGUUUUCACCCUUCCACAUCACCCAUCACCCUUCACCCUUCACCCUUCACCCUUCAUCCUUCCACUCUCCAAUGUAUCCUUGCCCGCCGCAGGCCCGUCGUCGCGUCUCCACCUGCUGCAAAUCAGCCCUCGCGCUGACCCGUCACUCAGGCGGUCCAUUAUUUCCUCAAGCUUACCCCAUUCUUCCUUUCCCUCUUCCGUCGCAACUUCGCCUUCCCCCUUCGCACUUCCCACACAGUGGUGCUUCACCGAGCUGAGCGAGGAGGAGAAAGAAGAAGAGAAAGAAAGACAGACGCGCCAGCAGAGACUCGACAACACUCACAAGAAAAACCUCUACCCCAUCUGCAUCUCGUUCUCUUUCAUCUCACCACCACACACUCCACCCGCGCACUACUCUCUUCCUCUAGCACCACGGGAAAACCCACGCUACUCAAGGCGCACGCACUCACGCUCUUUGCUUCCAGCAUUCGGCAGCGGCAGCGGCAGCAGCACGUACCGCACCUCGACGUCGUCAAGUCGAGUAUAG